GUCUUCGCCGCAGCCGCUGCUCGUCCCUGGGCCUCCGCAGUCUGGAUGCGGCGGCAUCGCCACGAUGGCGUGGCGGCUCCUGCUGCUCCUCGUGGCGGCCCGCGCGGCAGAGCCUUGGACGCGGGCGCCCGCGUCGGUCGCUGGCGCCGCGGGGAAGCUCGCGCAGCCCUCGGUGAGGCCGCCCGUGUACACCGUCGAUCUGGCGCUUCCCGCCGAGCAGCGGUGGGCGCACAUCGCGGAGGCCUACAGGUCGAAGGUGCCGGACAUCGUCGCGUACUUCGAGGCGGUGGUGCCCAGGUGGGCAAUGCCGCUAGUGGAGGCCGUCGGCGCCAGGAUGGGGGGCUACUUCCACCUGUACGGCGGGGAGAUGGCCGGCUUGGCAGAGGCCCUCGGAGCGAGUCCAGGGCUUAUUGUGCUGAUGAACCUCGUGUACCAGCUGGAAGGCCUCGGCUUGAACUGCUCCACGUGGAACGUUACGGGUCCGACGCGAAAGGACGACCCUGGCUGCGUGGACGUCGACCCUGGCCAGGAGUGGUGCUACUGCCACAGUGCUCACGCUGCGGGCGCCAUGCAGUCACACGAUGGUUUCACCUACCUGAGCCGUAAGCUUGACGAGGCGGAUGGCCCCGGGAUGUGCACAUCAAUCGUUGCGCAGGCCACUGACGGCACCAUCAUCCACGGUCGCAACCUCGACUGGAACUUGCCGGCGGUGAUGCGCUCGUUGGUGGUAGACGUCGAUUUCGUCAACACGAGCAAGAGCGCCGACACGCUCUUUCGAAUGACCACGGCCGUCGGCUUCGUCGGCGGCUUCAAUGGGAUGGCCUACCGCGGGCGGGGCGGCGAUGGCUGGUCGGUCACUAUCGACGCACGCGGCAAAGGCGGCAAGCCACUGGACAACCUGCUGCAGGCGUUGCGCGUGCACUCGCUGACGCCGUGCCAGCACCUGCGCCAUGUUCUUGAGAGGACGAGCGACUUCGAGCAAGGCAUCUCGGCGCUCAGCACCACGCCGCUGAUCGACGAGAUGUACUACAUUGUCGCUGGCACCAAGGCGGCGGAGGGCGCGGUCGUGACGCGGGGCCGCGAGAAGGCAGUCGACGUGUGGCGGCUCAAUCCGAGCGAACCAGACGGCUGGUUCCGCCUGCAGACCAACUACGACCAUUGGAAUCCCGUGCCUGCGGCAGACGACCGGCGGAACCCCGGCAUUGCGAUGAUGAAGGCCACGGGCCAGGCGGGGCUCAGCACCGCGUCGAUGUGGCACGUCAUCACGUCCUUCCCCGUGUUCAACCACCACACGGACAUCUCCCUCAUCGCCAUGCCGCAGAAGCAGAUCUUCAACGUGACUGUCUGGAUGGGCGGCGAGCAUUGA